AUGGUUUGUGUGUGUGCGUGCGUGUGUGUGUGUGUGUGUCCUAUACAGUACACAGUGUGGACAGCUCUCUGGGUGGCCUGGAAUGUCUUCAUCAUCUGUUUCUACCUGGAUGUGGGAGGCUUGACCAAGGUAGGCCCUAUUCUCUCUGACUCAUAGGUCAACUACAUGGCAACUACAGAGCAACUGUCCUCCAUCUUGGAGCUCCCAUGACUUGUGUAUAUCUUCCACCAUUUAAGAUACAGUGUGUCUCUCGGUCUGUCGAUAUGUCCAUGUGUUCUCUCCUUGGUGCUUGAGAGACAUUGAAUAAAACAUGUGGUCAUCCUAAGGAGGUGGGAACCGUAUUCCAAGACCUUCAGUGUCAGGGUUCAGAGAGUAGAGGGCUCCCCAGGAGGAUGCCCCGCUGACCCCCUGCCACAAGCACACACACACCGCACAUACUUACCCAUCCCGCACGCACAGACACACGCACACACCGCACAUACUUACCCAUUCCACACGCACGGAUACACUUACAGACACACACACACCUCACCUACCAACCCAUCCCACCCACCCCUCAUUCUUGUCACUGUUCGAACAGCAUCUGCUGACAGGUCUUCGCUCUAUGGAGUCUCUGUUCUACACGCACACACUCACCACAGUGUAGCCCCUGACGGACUGCCAGACACACACACACACCCUGACAGGCCUCCUGAGUCUCUGUUUCCGUGCCGACCGAGAGUGUUACGUUUGGGAUUAUGAUAAUUUCCCUUCUCUUCUCCCAGUGUGAGGAGUUUGAUCUGAGUGCUGAAACUGUUCUCAUCUGAACUGUGUGUGUGUGUGUGUGUGUGUGUGUGUGUGUGUGUGUGUGUGUGUGUGUGUGUGUGUGUGUGUGUGUGUGUGUGUGUGUGUGAGAGAGAGAGAGAGAAAGAAAGAAAGAGACAGAGAAAAAGAAAGAAAAAUGAAGGGAGCUAGAGAUGGGAAGGUAGGCUGUAGUUAACCCCUCCUUAUGCUUUUAGGGAGCUAUCAUAAGUGCCAUAGGUUAGACUGACACUAGUCAGGUGUACUGUAUAUGUCCUAGUUCUCAUGACAUUGGCUUAACCCUGGGUGUCCUAUCUGUCAGAUGUGGAGUCACAGUCAGGCUAUGUGAGGUUAAAUUAGCUCCUCAUCCAAUUAGAGGACUAACACACAACUGGACAGUCUGUGCCUGAAUGGACAGUCUGUGCCUGUGUGCAUGUGUGUGUAAGUGUGUGUAGGCUUUGUCUGGUAUACACAAAUAUUUAGCCAUUUAGAAUCUUCGAUUUUAUUCUGCCAAAGCUCACACUGCUAAGAAGAGAUAAUGACAUUUUAAUAAAACAUGACGGAAGAUGUGAAAGAGUGGUUUUCCUUUGUAUACUUCGGUCAACUUCACUAUAUAGAGAGUUCACACAAGCCCACGCACACAGUAUGACUGCACUUAGCCCACUCCAGUCUGGUUUCCCCAAAUCUCCACUGCUCCCCCGGGGUUCUUUUUAGCAGAUUAAGUGUGGAUUUAGGUUUAUUAGGAUCCCCAUUAGCAGCAGCAGCUACUCUUCUCGUCUCGUUCAUCAAACAUUUGUCCUUCACUUUCUUCACAUUCUCCCCCUCUCCUUUUUCCCUCUCAUUUCUUUCCUGUCACACCAUGGCCUGACCCCUCCUCCUCCAUUUCUUUUUGCUCCACUCCUCUGCUUUGUCUUUGGUCUAUCCCCUCCCUGUCCUCUGUUGAUCAGCUCUGUUUCUCUCCAUCAGACUCAGUCAGUGAUGGGGAUCUUCAUUGAUCUCUCAGUGAAGAUGAAUACUCAUGCCUAACAUAGUUGGAUUGGUGAUUGGUUGUGUGUGUGUGUACUCACAGCAGGCCGCAGCUCUGCCUGGUCUCAGCUGUUAUAAUGAGGCGUGUAGAGGCCAGCAGCUGGGGGCUGGGGCUGGGCUGUAACACAACAGAGGGAAAUAGCCUGGCCUCCCAACACUGCAUAUGGUGGCCAGGAGGGGAGACAGCUAAUGGACAACAUACACACACUGGUCGUGUGUGUGUGUGUGUGUGUGUGUGUGUGUGUGUGUGUGUGUGUGUGUGUGUGUGUGUGUGUGUGUGUCUGUGUGUCUGUGUGAGUGAGUGAGUGAGUGAGUGAGUGAGUGAGUGAGUGAGUGAGUGAGUGAGUGAGUGAGUGAGUGAGUGAGUGAGUGAGUGAGUGAGUGAGUGAGUGAGUGAGUGAGUGAAGAGUGAGUGAGUGAGAGAAAAAUGUCCUCCUAUGUCAGGGUUCUUCAAUUCCGGUCCUGGAGGGCCGAAACACCUCUGUUUUUUUUUUGUACUUGGUAGUUAAUUGCACUCACCUGGUGUCCCAUGUCUGAAUUAGCCCCUGAUUAGAAGGAGAGGGUGAAAAACAGAGGUGUCUCGGCCCUCCAGGACCGGAAUUGAAGAACCCUGUCCUAUGUGAUACCUAUAUCCCCCCACUAGAAUCCCCAUACUUUAAUGAAGACAGCUUCUCCAUCCUAGAGGGGGAGAUCAAUCAUGUCCAGGCCCAGGUGAUCUGGUCUGUGGUGACCUAAAUGCCAGAACUGGACAAGAACCUGAUACCCUCAGUACACAGGGGGACAAACACCUACCUGGAGGUGACAGCAUUCUCUCACCCAUAUUCUCCCCUAGACACAACUACGACAACAUCACAAACAAAAAUGGGUCACAACUCCUGCAGCUCUGUCGCACGCUGGGUAUGUACAUAGUCAAUGGUAGGCUUCGAGGGGACUCCAACGGUAGGUACACCUAUAGCUAAUUUCUACUCAGUAUUAGUCUCUCAGAACGGUCACAGUCAGCCCACUGACACCCAUAUCAGAUCACAGAAAAAUCACAACUACUUGAACGGAGCAAUAAUCAACCAUGAGGCAUCGAAGCCAAACAAACAGCAUACUAUUAAGAAAUGCUAUAGAUAGAAGGAGGGUAGUGUAGAAACCUACCAAAAGUGAAGGUGUAAACUUAGCAGUAGGAAGCCUGAACAAUAUAUUUGACCUAUAAGCUAACAUAUACAAUUUAAAUUCCAGCAGAAACCCUAAGAAAACAAUGAGAAAUGGUUUGAUGAAGAAUGUAAAAACCUAAGAAAGAAAUUGAGAAACUUAUCCAACCAAAAACACAGAGAACCAGAAAACCUUAACUUGCACCUUCACUAUGUUGAAACAUUAAAACAAUACAGAAAUACACUAAGAAAAAAGAAGGAACAGCAUGACAGAAAACAGCUUAUUGUGAAUGAAGAAUCAAUAGAAUCAAAUCACUUCUGAGAAUAUUGGAACACUCUAAACAAACAACAACACGAAGAGCUAUCUAUCCAAAAUGGAGAUGUAUGGAUAAACCACUUCUCCAACCUUUUCGGCCAUAUUACAAAAGAACCAAGAGCAAAAACAUAUACAUGAUAAUUUACAAAACUUAGAAUCAGCUAUUAAAGACUACCAGAACCCACUGGAUUCUCCAAUUACAUUGGAUGAGCUACAGGACUCAGCUAUUAAAGACUACCAGAACCCACUGGAUUCUCCAAUUACAUUGGAUGAGCUACAGGACAAAAUACAAACCCCCCAACCCAAAAAGGCCUGUGGUGUUGAUGGUAUACUAAACGAAAUGAUAAAAUAUACAGACCACAAAUUCAAAUAGGCUAUUCAAAAACUCAUCAACAUUACCCUCAGCUCUGGCAUCUUCCUAAUAUUUGGAACCAAGGCCUGAUCACCACAAUCCACAAAAGUGGAGACAAAUUUGACCCCAAUAAUUAUCGUGGAAUAUGAGAGCAGCAAUCUCUGAAAAAUCCUCUGCAGUACCAUCAACAGCAGACUCCAACAUUUCCUCAGUGAAAACAAUGUCCUGAGCAAAUGUAAAAUUUUCUUCUUACCAAAAUACCCUACGACAGACCACGUAUACACCCUGCACAUCCCUAUUGAUAAACAAACAAAACAAAACAAAAGCAAAGUCUUCUCAUGCUUUGUUAAUUUCAAAAAAGCUUUUGACUCAAUUUGACAUGAGGGUCUGCUAUACAAAUUGAUGGAAAGCGGUGUUGGGGAGGAGAGCAUAUGACAUUAUUAAAUCAAUGUACACAAACAACAAGUGAUAAUUAAUAGUGACAACAGUUAAAAUUGGCAAUAAACAAACAGAUUUCUUUCCUCAGGGCCGUGGGAUGAGACAGGGAUGCAGCUUGAGCCGCACCCUCUUCAACAUAUAUAUAUAAAUUAAUUGGCACGGGCACUAGAACAGUCUGCAGCACCCGGCCUCACCCUAUUGGACUCAGAAAUCAAAUGUCUACUGUUUGCAGAUGAUCUGGUGCUUCUGUCCCCAACCAAGGAGGGCCUACAGCAGCAUCUAGAUCUUCUGCACAGAUCCUGUCAGACUUGGGCCCUGACAGUAAAUCUCAGUAAGACAAAAAUAAUGGUAUUCGGAAAAAGGUCCAGUAGCCAAGACAACAAAUACAAAUUCUACUUUUUUAUUUUACCUUUAUUUAACUAGGCAAGACAGUUAAGAACAAAUUCUUAAUUACAAUGACGGCCUACACCGGCCAAACACGGACGACGCUGUGCCAAUUGUGCUCCGCCCUAUGGUAAUCACGGCCGGUUGUGAUACAGCCUGAAAUCGAACCAGGGGGUCUGUAGUGACACCUCAAGCACUGAGAUGCAGUGCCUUAGACCGCUGCGCCACUCGACUGCCGUUGCCCUAGAACACACAAAUAAUUACACCUACCACAGGUAACUUCCACAAGGCUGUGAACAAUCUAAGACACAAGGCAAGAUCAAAAGGAACAUAAAAUUCAACAUCCCAAUUAGGAUCUGGCAAAAAAUACUUCAAUCAGUUAAUGAACCCAUUGCCCUCUAUGGUUGUGAGGUCUGGGGUCCACUCACCAACCAAGAAUUCACAAAAUGGGACAAACACCCAAUUGAGACUCUGCAUGCAGAAUUCUGCAAAGAUAUACUCUGUGUACAGUGGCGCAGUGGCGAGUGGCGCAGUGGUCUAAGGCACUGCAUCGCAGUGCUAGCUGUGCCACUAGAGAUCCUGGUUCGAAUCCAGGCUCUGUCGUAGCCGGCCGCGACCGGGAGACCCAUGGGGCAGCGCACAAUUGGCCCAGCGUCGUCCAGGGUAGGGGAGGGAAUGGCCGGCAGGGGAUGUAGCUCAGUUGGUAGAGCAUGGCGUUUGCAAUGCCAGGGUUGUGGGUUCGAUUCCCACAGGGGGAAAAAAAUAUAUAAUGCAUGCACUAACUGUAAGUCGCUCUGGAUAAGAGCGUCUGCUAAAUGACAAAAAAUGUAAUGUAAAAUGUACAGGGCAAAACCCCAAACAAUGUAUGCAGAGCAGAAUUAGGACUUUACCCACUAGUUAUCAAAAUCCAGAAACGAGCUGUUAAAUUCUACAACCACCUAAAAGGUAGCAAUGCCCACACAUUCCACCACAAAGCCCUCACCUACAGAGAGAUUAACCUAGAGUAGAGUUUACUCAGCCAGCUGGUGCUGGGGCUCUGUUCACAAACACAAACAGACCUCACAGAGCCCCAGGACAGAAACACAUUUAGACCCAACCAAAUUAUGAGAAAGCAAAAAGAUAACUGGAAGGAAUCAACCAAAACUGGAAGGAAUCAACCAAAAAACGGAGCAAAUUGGAAUGCUAUCUGGCCCUAAACAGAGAGUACACAGUGGUAGAAUACCUGACCACUGUGACUGACCCCAAAUUAAGAAAAUCCUUGACUAUGUACAGACUCAGUGAGCAUAGCCUUGCUAUUGAGAGAGGCCACUAUAGGCAGAUCUGGUCCUCUGUAGCUCAGCUGGUAGAGCACGGCGCUUGUAACGCCAGGGUAGUGGGUUCGAUCCCCAGGACCACCCAUACACAAAAAAAUGUAUGCACGCAUGACUGUAAAUUGCUUUGGAUAAAAGCGUCUGCUAAAUGGCAUAUUAUUAUUAGUAUUAUGUACCCAUUGCCCACAAAAUGAGGUGGAAACUGAGCUACAUUUCCUGACCUCCUGCCAAAUGUAUGACCACAUUAGAGACACAUGUUUCCCACAGAUCACAAAGAAUUUGAUAAGAAAUCAAACAUUGAUAAACUCCCAUAUCUGUUUUUUUUAUUUUUUUAUAUUUUUUUUAGGGGGUAGAUCAGCUUUAAUAUUUCAGAUAGAUUGUAACUUCCAUCAAUGCAAUUGUCUGCAUCACUUCCAAUCCCCCAUAUGUUUUUUUCUCUCGCAAUAAUAUAUAUACAUACAUACAUACAUACAUACAUACAUACAUACAUACAUACAUACAUACAUACAUACAUACAUACAUACAUACAUACAUACAUACAUACAUACAUACAUACAUACAUACAUACAUACAUACAUACAUACAUAUAGAUAUACAUAUAUAUACAUACAUAUAUAUAUAUACAUACAUACACAUAUACAUAUUCACACAUACACAUACACAUAUACACAUCCAUACACACACACAUAUCCUUUUUUAAAUUAUAUUUCCUUUCAUUACUUUCCAACCCCACCACCCCUUCCCAAAUUAGAGUAAACUAGUGAACAACUCCCAUAUCUGUUAGGCAAAAUACUGCAGUGUGCAAUCACAGCAGCAAGAUUUGUGACCCAUUGCCAUGAGAAAAGGGCAACCAGUGGAGCACAAACAUUGUAAAUACAACCUAUAUAUAUCUGUUUAUUUAUUUUCCCUUUCAUACUUCAACCAAUAAUAAUAAUAAUAAUGUAACAUUUGAAAUGUCUGUAUUCUUUUAAAACUUUUGUGAGUGUAAGGUUCACUAAUGUUUCCCUUGUUUAUUUCCCUUUUGUUUAUUGUCUAUUUAAUUUGCUUUGGCAAUGUAAACAUAUGUUUUCCAUGCCACUAAAGCCCUUUGAAUUGAAACAAUUUAAUUUCAUUGAGAGAGCGAGAGAGCAAGACAUACAUGCAUAUAAACAAACUGUAACGUGUGUUCAAAAGAACAAUUCCUGACAGCAACCCAUUGUCCUGUGUUGAUAAUGCAAGUCUUGUCGCUGCGGGGCAACUGUGGGGUUAGAUUGCUGUAUUGGGGUAUUGAUUGACGUUUGUGAGUCUGUAUAUACUGUAUUAAUGUGUGCGUGUGUGUUUGUGCAGGUCCUUGUGUAUGUUUUUCUGUGUGUCCUUUCUUACAUGUUAAUAUGUGUGUUUAUUUCUUGUUACAGGAAAGUGACCUGCUGACGUUUAACAUCUCGGCUCACCACUCGUGGUGGAGGGAACAUGGUCCAGGGUGUGUGAGGAGAGAGAUGACAGGGGUCCGCACCGUGGACAGCCAGUCCUACAUCUCUGUCAUGGGCUGUCUCAUGGAGUACCAGUACAUAGAGGUCCUACACAGUGGAACACAGAUCCUCAUCGCUGUGAGUAGUGGUUUUAUAUCUUUAUACAUAAACACGUCAAAUCAAAUCAAAUGUCAUUGGUCACAUAUACAUAUUUAGGAGAUGUUAUUGUGGGUGUAGCGAAAUGCUUGUGUUCCUAGCUCCAGCAGUGCAGUAAAAUCUUAACAAUUCACAACAAUACACAGAUCUAAAAGUAAAAUAAUGGAAUUAAGAAAUAUAUAAAUAUUAGGACGAACGAACGUCGGAGUCCGGAGUAUAAAUACAGUGGGGGAAAAAAGUAUUUAGUCAGCCACCAAUUGUGCAAGUUCUCCCACUUAAAAAGAUGAGAGAGGCCUGUAAUUUUCAUCUUAGGUACACGUCAACUAUGACAGACAAAUUGAGAUUUUUUUUCUCCAGAAAAUCACAUUGUAGGAUUUUUUAUGAACUUAUUUGCAAAUUAUGGUGGAAAAUAAGUAUUUGGUCACCUACAAACAAGCAAGAUUUCUGGCUCUCACAGACCUGUAACUUCUUCAUUAAGAGGCUCCUCUGUCCUCCACUCGUUACCUGUAUAAAAGACACCUGUCCACAACCUCAAACAGUCACACUCCAAACUCCACUAUGGCCAAGACCAAAGAGCUGUCAAAGGACACCAGAAACAAAAUUGUAGACCUGCACCAGGCUGGGAAGACUGAAUCUGCAAUAGGUAAGCAGCUUGGUUUGAAGAAAUCAACUGUGGGAGCAAUUAUUAGGAAAUGGAAGACAUACAAGACCACUGAUAAUCUCCCUCAAUCUGGGGCUCCACGCAAGAUCUCACCCCGUGGGGUCAAAAUGAUCACAAGAACAGUGAGCAAAAAUCGCAGAACCACACGGGGGGACCUAGUGAAUGACCUGUAGAGAGCUGGGACCAAAGUAACAAAGCCUACCAUCAGUAACACACUACGCCGCCAGGGACUCAAAUCCUGCAGUGCCAGACGUGUCCCCCUGCUUAAGCCAGUACAUGUCCAGGCCCGUCUGAAGUUUGCUAGAGUGCAUUUGGAUGAUCCAGAAGAGGAUUGGGAGAAUGUCAUAUAGUCAGAUGAAACCAAAAUAUAACUUUUUGGUAAAAACUCAACUCGUCAUGUUUGGAGGACAAAGAAUGCUGAGUUGCAUCCAAAAAACACCAUACCUACUGUGAAGCAUGGGGGUGGAAACAUCAUGCUUUGGGGCUGUUUUUCUGCAAAGGGACCAGGACGACUGAUCCGUGUAAAGGAAAGAAUGAAUGGGACCAUGUAUCGUGAGAUUUUGAGUUAAAACCUCCUUCCAUCAGCAAGGGCAUUGAAGAUGAAACGUGGCUGGGUCUUUCAGCAUGACAAUGAUCCCAAACACACCGCCCGGGCAACGAAGGAGUGGCUUCGUAAGAAGCAUUUCAAGGUCCUGGAGUGGCCUAGCCUGUCUCCAGAUCUCAACCCCAUAGAAAAUCUUUGGAGGGAGUUGAAAGUCUGUGUUGCCCAGCGACAGCCCCAAAACAUCACUGCUCUAGAGGAGAUAUGCAUGGAGGAAUGGGCCAAAAUACCAGCAACAGUGUGUGAAAACCUUGUGAAGACUUACAGAAAACGUUUGACCUGUGUCACUGCCAACAAAGGGUAUAUAACCAAGGAUUGAGAAACUUUUGUUAUUGACCAAAUACUUAUUUUCCACCAUAAUUUGCAAAUAUAUUCAUAAAAAAUCCUACAAUGUGAAUUUCUGGAUUUUUUUUCUCAUUUUGUCUGUCAUAGUUGACGUGUACCUAUGAUGAAAAUUACAGGCCUCUUUCAUCUUUUUAAGUGGGAGAACUUGCACAAUUGGUGGCUGACUAAAUACUUUUUUCCCCACUGUAUAUAUAUAUAUACACUACCAUUCAAAAGUUUGGGGUCACUUAGAAAUGUCCUUGUUUUCGAAAGAAAAGCAAUUUUUUUGUCUAUUAAAAUAACAUCAAAUUGAUCAGAAAUACAGUGUAGACAUUGUUAAUGUUGUAAAUGGCUAUUGUAGCUGGAAACGGCUGAUUAUUAAUGGAAUAUCUACAUAGGCGUACAGAGGCCCAUUAUUAGCAACCAUCAGUCCUGUGUUCCAAUGGCAUGUUGUGUUUGCUAAUCCAAGUUUAUCAUUUUAAAAGGCUAAUUGAUCAUUAGAAAACCCUUUUGCAAUUAUGUUAGCACAGCUGAAAACUGUUGUGCUGUUUAAAGAAGCAAUAAAACUGGCCUUCUUGAGACUAGUUCAGUAUCUGGAGCAUCAGCAAUUGUGGGUUCGAUUACAGGAUCAAAUUGUCCAGAAACAAAUAACUUUCUUCUGAAACUCGUCAGUCUAUUCUUGUUCUGAGAAAUGAAGGCUAUUCCAUGCGAGAAAUUGCCAAGACACUGAAGAUCUCGUACAACGCUGUGUACUACUCCCUUCACAGAACAGCGCAAACUGGCUCUAACCAGAAUAGAAAGAGGAGUGGGAGGCCCCGGUGCACAACUGAGCAAGAGGACAAAUACAUUAGAGUAUCUAGUUUGAGAAACAGACGCCUCACAGGUCCUCAACUGGCAGCUUCAUUAAAUAGUACCCGCAAAACACCAGUCUCAACGUCAACAGUGAAGUGGCGACUCAGGGAUGGUGACCUUCUAGUCAGAGUUGCAAAGAAAUAGCCAUAUCUCAGACUGCCCAUCUUAAUCUUUUCUUUUUAUUGGCCAGUCUGAGAUAUGGCUUUUUCUUUGCAACUCUGCCUAGAUGGUCAGCAUCCCGGAGUUCUGGUUAGAGCCAGUUUGCGCUGUUCUGUGAAGGGAGUAGUACACUGCGUUGUACGAGAUCUUCAGUUUCUUGGCAAUUUCUCGCAUGGAAUAGCCUUCAUUUCUCAGAACAAGAAUAGACUGAUGAGUUUCAGAAGAAGAGUGAAGAGGCGACUCUGGGAUGCUGACCUUCUAGGCAGAGUUGCAAAGAAAAAGCCAUAUCUCAGACUGGCCAACAAAAAGAAAAGAUUAAGAUGGGCAAAAGAACACAGACAAUGGACAGAGGAAGAUUGGAAAAAAGUGUUAUAGACAGACAAAUCGAAGUUUGAGGUGUUCGGAUCACAAAGAAGAACAUUUGUGAGACGCAGACCAAAUGAAAAGAUGCUGAAGGAGUGCUUGAUGCCAUCUGUCAAGCAUGGUGGAGGCAAUGUGAUGGUCUGGGGGUGCUUUGGUGGUGGUAAAGUGGGAGAUUUGUACAGGGUAAAAGGGAUCUUGAAGUAGGAAGGCUAUCACUCCAUUUUGCAACGCCAUGCCAUACCCUGUGGACGGCGUUUGAUUGGAGCCAAUUUCCUCCUACAACAGGACAAUGACCCAAAGCACAGCUCCAAACUAUGCAAUAACUAUUUAGGGAAGAAGCAGUCAGCUGGUAUUCUGUCUAUAAUGGAGUGGCCAGCACAGUCACCGGAUCUCAACCCUAUUGAGCUGUUGUGGGAGCAGCUUGACCGUAUGGUACGUAAGAAGUGCCCUUCAAGCCAAUCCAACUUGUGGGAGGUGCUUCAGGAAGCAUGGGGUGAAAUCUCUUCAGAUUACCUCAACAAAUUGACAACUAGAAUGCCAAAGGUCUGCAAGGCUGUAAUUGCUGCAAAUGGAGGAUUCUUUGAUGAAAGCAAAGUUUGAAGGACACAAUUAUUAUUUCAAUAAAAAAUCAUUAUUUCUAACUUUGUCAAUGACUACAUUUCCUAUGCAUUUUGCUAUAUUUCCUAUUCAAACUCAUUUCAUGUAUGUUUUCAUGGAAAACAAGGACAUUUCUAAGUGACCCCAAACUUUUGAACGGUAGUGUAUGUGAUGGGAUGCAUAGACAUUAUAGACAUUAUGGACAAUAUGUGGAUAGAAUAUUUAGUAUAUCUGUAGAAUACGUAUGAUAGAAUAGUAUAUGUACGGAAAUAUUUGAAUAGGAUGGCAUUGACUAGAAUACAGUACAUACAUAUGAAAUGAGUAAAACAGUAUGUAAACAUUAUUAAAGUGACCAGUGUUUCAUUAUUAAAGUGACCAGUGAUUCCAUUUCUAUGUACAUAGGGCAGCAGCCUCUAAGAUGCAGGGUUGAGUAACCGGGUUGUAGCCGGCUAGUGACAGUGACUAAAUUCAGGGCAGGGUACUGGUUGGAGGCCGGCUUGUGAUGGCUAUUGAACAGUCUGAUGGCCUUGAGAUAGAAGCUGUUUUUCAGACUCUUGGUCCCAGCUUUGAUGCACCGGUACUGACCUCGCCUUCUGGAUGAUAGUGGGGUGAACAUGCCAUGGCUCGGGUGGUUGAUGUCCUUGAUGAUCUUUUUGGCAUUCCUGUGACAUCGGGUGCUGUAGGUGUCCUGGAGGGCAGGCAGUGCGCCCCCGGUGAUGCGUUGGACAGACCGCACCACCCUCUGGAGAGCCCUGCGGUUGCGGGUGGUGCAGUUGCCGUAUCAGGCGGCGAUACAGCCCGACAGGAUGCUCUCAAUGGCACAUCUGUAAAAGUUUGUGAGGGCCUUAGGGGCCAAGCCACAUUUCUUCAGCCUCCUGAGGUUGAAGCCACACUGUCUGUGUGGGUGGACAAUUUCAGAUUGUCAGUGAUGUAUACGCCGAGGAACUUGAAGCUUUUCACUUUCUCCACUGCGGCCCCAUUGAUGUGGAUGGGGGCGUGCUCCCUCUGCUGUCUCCUGAAGUCCAUGAUCAGCUCCUUCGUUUUGUUGAGGGAGAGGUUAUUUUCCUGCCACCACUCCGCCAGGGCCCUCACCUCCUCCCUGUAGGCUGUCUCGUCAUUGUUGGUAAUCAGGCCUACUACUGUUGUGUCGUCUGCAAACUUGAUGAUUGAGUUGGAGGCGUGUGUGGCCAUGCAGGCAUAGGUGAACAGGGAGUACAGGAGGAGAAUGAGCACACACCCUUGUGGGGCCCCUGUGUUGGGAUCAGCAUAGUGGAGGUGUUGUUUCCUACCUUCACCACCUGGGGCAGCCCGUCAGGAAGUCCAGGACCCAGUUGCAUAGGGCGGCGUUCAGACCCAGCACCCCGAGCUUAAUGAUGAGCUUGGAGGGUACUAUGGUGUUGAAUGCUGAGCUGUAGUUAAUUAACAGAAUUCUUACAUAGGUAUUCCAGAUGGGAUAGGGCAGUGUGCAGUGUGAUGGCGAUUGCAUCGUCUGUGGAUCUAUUGGGGCAGUAUGCAAAUUGAAGUGGGUCAAGGGUGUCAGGUAGAGGUGAUAUGAUCCUUAAUUAGCCUCUCACAGCACUUCAUGAUGACAGAAGUGAGUGCUACGGGGCGAUAGUUAUUUAGUUCAGUUACCUUUGCUUUCUUGGGUACAGGAACAAUGGUGGACAUCUUGAAGCAAGUGGGGACAGCAGACUGGGAUAGGGAGAGAUUGAAUAUGUCUGUAAACACUUCAGCCAGCUGGUCUUCACAUGCUCUGAGGACACGGCUAGGGAUGCCAUCUGGGCAGGCAGCCUUGCGAGGGUUAACACGCUUAAAUGUAUUAUUCACGUUGGCCACGGAGAAUGAGAGCCCACAGUCCUCGGGAGCGACUCGCGUCGGUGGCACUUAGUUAUCCUCAAAGCGUGCAAAGAAGGUGUUUAGCUUGUCCGGGAGCAAGACGUCGGUGUCUGCGACGUGGCUGGUUUUCCCUUUGUAAUCCGUGAUUGUCUGGAGUCCCUGCCACAUACGUCUCGUGUCUGAGCCAUUGAAUUGCGACUCCACUUUGACUCUGUACUGACGUUUUGCCUGUUUGAUUGCCUUACGGAGGGCAUAACUGCACUGUUUGUAUUCGACCACAUUCCCAGUCACCUUACCGUGGUUAAAUGCGGUGGUUUGUGCUUUCAGUAUUGCGCGAAUGCUGCCAUCUAUCCACGUUUUUUGGUUUAGGUCAUUUUUAAUAGUCACAGUGGGUACAAUAUCCCCUAUACACUUCUUGAUGAACUCAGUCACUGUGUCAGUGUAUAUGUCAUUGUUAUUCUCAGAGGCAACCCGGAACAAAUUCAUUCUGCGUGAUCAAAACAAUCUUGAAGCAUGUAUUCCGAUUUGUCAGACCAGCGUUGAAUAGACCUUAGUACGGGUACUUCCUGUUUGAGUUUCUGCCUAUAGGAAGGGAGAAGCAGAACGGGGUCGUGAUCUGAUUUGCCAAAGGGAGGGCGGGGGAGGGCCUUGUAGCCAUCCUGGAAGGGAGAGUAACAAUGGUCGAUUGAUUUUUGAAGCGCUAGUACUACAGGCAAUGUGUUGAUAGAAUUUCGGUAGCUUUUUCCUCAUAUUUGCUUUGUUAAGGUCCCCAGCUACAAUAAAUGUGGCCUCAGGAUAUGUGGUUUCCAGUUUGCACAAAGUCCAGUGUAGUUCCUUGAGGGCCGUCGUGGUAUUGGCUUGAGGGGGAAUAUACACGGCUGUGACUAUAACUGAAGAUAAUUCUCUUGGGAGGUAAUACGGUCGGCAUUUGAUUGUGAGGUAUUCUAGGUUGGGUGAACAAAAGGACUUGAGUUCCUGUACGUUAUCACAAUCACACCAUGAGUAAUUAAUCAUGAAACAUACACCACCGCCAUUUUCCUUCCCGGAGAGUUCUUUAUUCCUGUCUGCGCGAUGUACUGAGAACCCAGUUGGCUGUAUGGACGGGGACAGUAUAUCCGGAGAGAGCCAUUGUUCCGUGAACCAGAGUAUAAUUAUCAUUCGCACGAUUGACAGUGAUGAUGGCCUAUUUAGAAAUUAGGUAGGCCUAUGCUUAACUGGGUGUUUGAGGGUAUUAAAAAUAGAAAAACGUAUUGAGACUAUAUGUAUGGGCAUAGGCAGACGUUGCAAAUGGAGGAUGCAUUUUAUGCAUAGGCCUAUUCUACAGUGGUAUUCAAUAGCCUAAAUCUGUCAGUACAAACUUUGAUUCAGAAAUUAUGACAACUUUUUAUUUAUUUUUUAUAUGCGCUUCCUCACCUAAAAAAAUAGCACCACACACACACACACACACACACAUAAUUUGCCCUCCGAUUACCCUCAAUCUCCCAACUUUCAGUGAAUGGAACUGAAAGAAACAUUUGGAAAGGUUGACUACAACAGAAACCUACUCUUCCUGCUUUAUUUUAUGACCGAAACUCUGUCUAAUCCUUAUUUAUCUAAUGCUGGAUCCCAGGCCCUGACUCUACCAUCACCCGAAUCCCCUCGCACUAUAUACUGAGAUGGUAUCUCAACACUGUGGUAACAGCUCUCUCUUUCCUAUAUUGUUAAAGAGGAGGGAAGUAAGAGAUAGAAGCGGGUGUCCCUUUGUCUUUGUGUGGACUGCACAAGGUCACCCUGGAAAGCCCAUUAAAUAUUUAGGCUGGGAGGAGAAUGGUUAAUUAUGAUGAGAAAUGAGAAGAGAGUUCUGUCCAAUACUGGGGGCAGUGAGUGCUGUUGUCUCCCCAGUUAUAUUCUUCAUGUUUGAUGUGACUGGGGGAGGUGAAGAGUGGAGGAUAUAGGCUACUGUACAGAAAGAAGGUGUACACUUUAUCUCUCUCUCUCGCUCUCUCGCUCUCUCUGGGGUUCUUAUAGAUGAUCAAUAAAUCCAAUCUCGACUGA